AUGCAAUUAUUCACGCCACUGUACAUACGAACAAUUUUUCAUAAUCGUUCACACCUGUAUGUAUAUGUGCCAAAUUUGGCAAAAAAACACUUGAAAUUUAGAAAUAAGCCUAAAUUCACAAAUUUGAGAUUUAUGAAGUCAUUUAAAAUUAUAUAUAAGUGGAAAAAUUCACAAAUUUAUAAUACACACAGUUACAAUUUUAUAGGCAUGUAUCUGUACAUUCAUGUGCUUAAACUCUCAAAAUUUGAAAUACACAAUGUAAUUUACUUUUACGUACAAGCAUAG